AAGGCCUUAGUCUAUUAUGACAUCCAUUCUUGUAAAUUAGACAUUGGGAAUGAAAAAGGAGACACCCCUCUCCAUAUCGCUGCCCGCUGGGGCUACCAAGGUAUCAUUGAAGUGCUGCUGCAAAAUGGAGCCAACGCAGAUAUUCAGAAUCGAAUGAAAGAGACGCCAUCACAAUGUGCGUUAAAUUCUACGAUAUUAUCUUUAAUGGAGCUGAAAUACUUCACAUUUGAAAGAGGAAAGAGUACUUCUCAGCCUCUGGAUAGAGCUUCUCAGCAAGAGGAGGAGGAAGACACUAUCAGCCAAGUAUCGUCUGUCACCAGUUUAUCUUCUGCAGUCACAACCGCCGCAAGCAAAGCGAGACAAGGAGGAACAAAAGCUACUGAUAAAGAGCUGCAGAGAGGAAGCCCAGUGCUCAGGCAGAGCAUGUCCCAUGGUCCCAGGCACAGAGGCACCUUCUGGUCUUCUCAACGUGGACAGUGCCACUCCUCCAUUUACCUGGCCUUUUCCGGAGCCUUAUUCAAGACUGGUGCUCUUUCCGAGAUAAUGCAAAAGGGCCCUGUGGUGCCGAGACCGCGGUGA